CAGUGAAGCAUCUAGUGCACGAGUCUCCAGGACCCCAUCCACAUUACUAAUAAAAGAAACCCUUGAAAUCGCCUGAGCCUUCCCCAACGUGAAUCUUACUUGUGACGGAAUCUGUCUUGAAGAUCCUAAGGAAUUCCGAGGACUUGGAUGCGAGGGUCCACCAUCUUUCGAAUUGCGAAACGUGUUGCAGUGUUUUGGUCCAUUUCAAUGGUUUCUAAGUUCUGGUUGUCUAGUCUAGGCGAUUACAAGCUGUGUGUUGAUUGAAGACAUGCAGAGGAGCCCAGAUUGUAGGAUUUCUAACUAUACGUGGUUUAUGAGCCUAGUGUAUAUGUUAGCUGCGUAGCUAUUACCUUCGUGUAUGCUUCACAGUAGGGGACGACAUACUGUUGAUGGGAUUUAGAUACAGCACAGCGCCAAACAAAGCAAGCUGGAGUCGAAUCUCGGACCAUGGGGGGAUGGGGAGUGAUUCUAGAAUGAUCUAGCUGGUUUUGGGGCAAACUGGGAACCUUGAGAUGCAAUGGCAACCGGGGACAUCUUUCUUUCGGUGAUUGUGUUAUGCCUGGGCUUGCCUUUUGCUGUUGGUACCUCUUCAAGCGAUGUGGCUGCGCUACAAGAGCUGCUUCGCGCGUGGCAAGGGACUUCUGCUGUCUUCGAGGGCUGGACUUUGAGAGAAGAUGCAGAUCCUUGUGGUUCUAGGUGGAAGGGUAUCGUUUGUAGCCCAACCCAAUCUGUCAUAAAUUUGCAUCUCAACGAUGCCAAUUUGAGUGGUGGCGUCCCAGCCGCAAUCGGAGCCCUUGCUGAAUUGACAUUUUUGGAUUUAUCCGGGAAUCCUAUGUUGAAAUCCACCAUUCCGAAACAAAUAGGUCUCCUACAUAGACUUAAGCACCUGAAACUCUCAGGUUGCAACUUUCACGGGAGGGUACCACAGGAGAUUUACGAGUUGAUCGAACUAGAGUAUCUGGACUUGUCGAACAACCCACAUCUUUCGUUGGACGAGGAUGCUGAAUACCUCACAAGCCUUAAACAGCAAUCUUCCUCGUUCAGCCGCCGUCGACUCUUGCAAGCUAGCAGACGGACUCCCUUGCCGAUAUCAUACACGUACAUUGCCGUCGUGUGCGUGGGCUUAGUCACGCUCAUGAUCUCCACAUUCUGCUUCUGUCGGUGGCUGUCUCUUCGUAGGACUCGGAACGACCAUUUCUUAGCAAUGCCCACGCCGCCGCUGGCACCAACGAUGCAGCCCAGAAGAAUAUAUGCCAAUCAAGCCGACGAUGAUCUGUAGGUUUCGUUACAAGCCAGAUAAAACACGGUUAACUCAUGGAUUACUGACAGUUAUUUCUUGCUCUGUAGGCAUGAACUUUUUAUCUAUUUAGGCAAGACAAAUCCUGCUUCCUAUGUUGAGGUUCUGCAUCCUGGAAGAAAUCAUUGUACCCAUUAACUUCACAAAGGAUUUCUGAUUCUUCAACCGCA